ACAAGAAACAAGGGCAAAGAAAAAGCAGUCCAACAAAGCAAGGCCCAAAAUCAACGCAUGUAAUUCAGACAGCAAACAAACAAUGUUCAUAGUCGUUUAGCAGCACUCUAGGAAAUUCUUGUUCUGCAUGCUUUAUUUGAAGAAAUUUAAUGAAGAUUUCAAAACCCUUUUUACUAUCAUCUCUUUUGGUGCUACUAUCCUCUAUAAUUAUAGCCUCAAUAUUCAUUAAAACGCCUCAGAGUUCCAAGGAAAGCAUCACUAUUACGGAAGAACAAGAAAAUGGGGCAUCAAUUUUUGAACAAUUUGGAGUGAAGAUUGACAAGAACCCUCCUCAAUCUAAGCUUGAUGAACUUCAAGUCAACACCUGGUCCAAAUGGAGUGGUCAGCCAAUGAAAAUUCCAUGGACUUUUGAAGCGCAAGAGACAAUGUACCUGCUGGAGGGUAAAGUGAAGGUUUCAGUUGAUGGGCAGGAGGGAUCUUUUGAAAUUGGAGGUGGUGACUUGGUUGUAUUCCCUAAUGGAAUGAAGAUUACCUGGGAAGUACUUGAAGCUGUGACGAAGCAUUAUCACUUAGAAAAGUAAUUGUAAGUACAUAUUCACGGCAUUCCUAGAUGAUAUGAUCGUAUUCAUGUCUUAUUUUCACUCAUAUAUUAACCUUGUAUUCAAACAUUGUAUAUAGCUCCAAUUUGUGAGCUUGCUGAAUAUUCCAGGGGCUCUAAUUGGCAGCUUGACUAAUGUAGUAACAUUAAUUUCUAAUAUGCUUCAAAUAGAGACUGGCUCUACUAAUUUGUGCUCUUCACUUGAAGUGAAUUCAGUGUAAGCCGUGCAAUAAUUUACAAAAAAAAAGCUUUGUUGCUAUUACUUAUUAUUUGCUUUA